UCUUGAUUUGCUAAAUGCAGUAUGUGAAGUGCGGUUUUGCGGGGGAGAAUUUCCCUACAUCAGUGUUCCCUUGUGUGGUGGGGAGGCCAAUGCUUCGUUAUGAAGAAUCUUUGAUGGAACAAGAGAUCACGGAUACUCUUGUUGGGGAUGCCUGUUUAAAGUGGCGGCAUCAGUUGGACAUAUCUUAUCCUGUAAACAAUGGCAUUGUGCAAAACUGGGAUGAUAUGGGGCACGUGUGGGAUCAUGCCUUUUUUAGCGAACUAAAGGUAGAUCCUACAGAAUGUAAGAUUUUGCUCACUGACCCGCCUUUGAAUCCAUCUAAGAACCGUGAAAAGAUGGUUGAAAUUAUGUUUGAGAAGUACAACUUUUCUGGUGUUUUUAUCCAAAUACAAGCUGUUUUAACCUUGUAUGCUCAAGGUUUGCUUACGGGGCUAGUUAUUGAUUCCGGGGAUGGAGUUACUCAUGUGGUUCCAGUGGUUGAUGGAUACUCAUUCCCUCAUCUUACGAAGCGGAUGAAUGUAGCUGGGCGCCAUAUAACGUCAUAUCUUGUUGAUUUGCUCACGAGGAGGGGCUAUGCUAUGAAUAGAACUGCUGACUUUGAGACUGUGAGGAGUAUCAAAGAAAAGCUCUGUUACAUUAGUUAUGAUUACAAACGGGAAUAUCAGCUGGGACUUGAGACUACCAUCCUUGUUAAAAAUUAUACCCUCCCAGAUGGAAGAGUCAUUAAAGUUGGCAAUGAGCGAUUUCAAGCCCCUGAAGCGCUUUUCACCCCAGAACUCAUAGAUGUUGAGGGAGAUGGCAUGGCGGAUAUGGUAUUUCGUUGCAUUCAGGAAAUGGAUAUUGACAAUAGGAUGAUGUCACUGGCUGCAGUUGCUCACACAGAUAUAUGCCUCUAUUUUGCAGCUCUACCAACAUAUUGUCUUGAGUGGCGGGAGUACAAUGUAUCCUGGAUUACCCAGUCGGUGUUGAACUCUUUAGCUUGCUUAAUCCGAUCAUAUUUUCUCAGGUUGGAGAAAGAAAUAUCAGAUCGUUACCUUGACGUUGUUCUGAAGGGAAAUAAGGAUGGGUUGAAGAAAUUACGCCUGCGGAUAGAGGAUCCACCACGGAGAAAACAUAUGGUGUAUCUAGGAGGUGCAGUUCUGGCAGGAAUUAUGAAGGAUGCUCCUGAGUUCUGGAUUAGCAGACAAGAUUAUUUGGAAGAGGGAGUUGCUUGUUUAAGCAAGUGUGGCCAAGCAUGACGGGUCAUUUUCUCGAAUUUUUAAUUUUGUGAUGAAAGCAAUCCAGGGUUAAACAUCCAUAGUCAGCUAGAAUAUUUGGGUUGUACAUUUUCAACUGUCGUGAUUCAUUGUAUCCACAAUUUUACUUAGCAUUCACUCAGUUUGUUAAAAACAAAAAAUGUGUAAAAUUCAUAAACAGGGGAUUGUAUAAAUGACGAUAACGGGGUUCGGAGUAAUCACUGAUCUGCAGUCCUGAACUUUCACAUAUUACAUUGAUGAUAACAGAUGUAUUUAUCAUAGUUUCAUUUAAUGCUAGUAAUUAUAAUUUUACAUUGUUUUUUAAACUGGUUUCAUAUAAAUGUG